GAGUCCGAGUGACGCGGGAAACUUGUGCAAAUUCAAGAACUGUGAAUGUGCAGUGUGAAAGCCUCGCAAGCUUCGUCACAGAACACAUUCAACUGUGCCUUUGAGAGCGGCUUCUGUGGGUGGGCACAGGCUACGGAUGACGAUGGCGACUUCGACAGAAACCAGGGGUCCACUCCCACGUGGAACACCGGGCCAUCCUCGGAUCACACCACAGGGACCGGCUAUUAUGCCUACAUGGAGGGCACAGGCAAAGGUUGGAACAACAAGCUGCGACUGGUCAGCCCAGAUGUGACGGUCGUGCCCAGCAGCGGCGUCAAAUGCGUGCGAUUCUGGUAUCACAUCUACGGAGUUCUCUCAGGUUCACUGUACGUGUACACAUCCAGUGACGGUACGGCCGGUAACCUGGGCUCGGCCAUCUUCCAGCGGAUCGGCAGCCAGGGGGACCAGUGGCUCGAGGCGGGACUGGAUGUCACAUCCUCGGUGUCGCCCUUCAAGGUGGUUUUUGAGGCUCAGCGGGGUCUCCUGGAUACCAGCGAUAUCGCCCUGGAUGACGUGGAGCUGCUGGACGGCUACUGCUCACAGGUGGUCAUAACACCCACCUCUAGCACCAUUCCCUCCUUAAGGGAGUGUGACUUCGAAGACCCUUCCAUCUGUGGUUUCACACAGGACACCAACGACAACUUCAACUGGCAGAGGAAGAACGGGCAGGCCUCAUCUGGCACGACGGGGCCCAAGACAGAUCACACAACCGAAACAACUGCAGGCUACUACAUGUACAUCGACUCCCAGAGCCGACAGGUGGGCGACCUGGCCCGUCUCUCCUCCCCGUUCUUCCCAUCCACCAACGGCGAGUGCCUGGAAAUCUACUUCUACAUGUAUGGUGCCAACGUGGGCACACUCAACAUCUACCUGGUGGAGAAGGGUGGCGACCCCACCAAGCAGAUCCCUGACUGGACUCGGACUGGCAACCAGGACGACCGCUGGCUGAUGGCCCGCAUGGCGGCCUUCACCACGCUAGACUACCAGGUGGUGCUCGAGGCCACAGUUGGGGGCACCUCGCUGGCGGUCAUCGCCAUCGACGACCUACGCAUCGUGAGCGGAAGCUGUCAGAUGCACGGCGACUGCAGCUUUGAGUCAAACAGCUUGUGCGGUUGGAUCCAGGACACCAUUGAUCAAAUUGAUUGGCUGUUGAAAACUGGGGCCAAAGGGAGCGGGCCAAAGAGCGAUCACACAAUGGAAGACAACACUGGCUGGUACAUCUACCUGGAUGCCGCCAGUGCUCAGAUCGGCAAUGAGGCCUACCUUUCAUGGUUUGAGAACGGCGUGGCGGACCCAACCACCGUCCGCUGCCUGACUUUCUGGUACUACAUGAGUGGGGCCAACACCGGCACACUGGCAAUCAAGCGCGAGGAUGUUACCACCGACGUGAAAUGGGAGCUGUCUGGAGAACAAGGCUCCAGCUGGAACUUUGGCCAGAUCACCAUUCAGCAGUCAUUUUCUUUAAUCAUCAUCAUUGCCGGUAAAGUCACCUCAACUCUAAGCUCUGGCAACGACAUUGCUGUGGAUGACAUUAUCCUCACCGAUAACUUCUGUCCAACUAUGCCCCCUGGAGCCGGGGUUGGGACCCCAGUCACUCCGUCCCCGGCCACAACCAACCCGCCGGUGGUCAUCCCCCCGGGACCGGCCAACUGCGACUUUGAGGCGGGGACAUUCUGCAGCUUCACCAGCGACUCCACAGCCGACUUCAAUUGGGUGCUGAGGCAGGGGCCCGCCUCCACCAGUGGCCACACGGGGCCCAAGUACGACCACACCAAGCGGGAUGCAACUGGAUACUACGCCCUCGCCGACGCCUCAGGGAACCUCGACAAAAAGGCACGACUGAUGAGCGGGGAUGUCCCCAGCCCUGGGGGCUCGGAUAAUUGCCUGACCUUCUGGUACUACAUGUACGGCGACCGGGUGGCCAACCUGAACGUCUACCUGCAGCAGCAGGGCUCGGGCUUGGGCAAGCCGUUCUGGAUGCGCACCGCCUCGCAGGGCGAGCACUGGAUCAUGGCAUCUGUGGAGCUGGCCAAACUCACCAACACGUACAAGGUUGUCUUUGAAGGUGUCACAGGGAAGGGUUCUGGCAGCGACAUUGCCAUCGAUGACAUCAUGGUGGCCUCCAAUGCCUGCCCCAUCCCUACUAAAACACCAGGUGGCCACCCGCUCUCCUGCGACUUUGAGCAAGGGUUCGUGCCUUGCGGUUGGAGCCAGGAAGAUUCCACUUCAGGCAACGACAACUUUGACUGGGGGCUCGGCUCUGGAAACACAGUGACCUUUGGCACCGGCCCCGCCUUUGACCACACCCUGGGAACCGGAAGCGGCACCUACCUGUACAUCAAUGCAAGUCCCCAGAAAGAUGGUGACAAGGCCUGGAUAAAGACGGGGACCUACCCACCUGCGCAGGGCCAUUGCCUGGAGUUCUACUACCACAUGCGAGGCAUACAUAUUGGCAGACUCAAUGUCUUCCUUAAGGAAAAUGACAAGUACUCUCACUACUACUUCACCAUCAAUGGGAACCUGGGCGAGAUCUGGAACGUGGGUCGUUUCCCGUUUGUUGCGUAUAGCGACUACCAAGUCGUCUUCGAGGCCACCGUGGGGAACGGAGACCAGGGCGACAUAGCCAUUGAUGAUGUCGAGAUAUUCUCGGGGACUUGUCCACCAAUCGACAGCUGCAACUUUGAUGAUGCAAGCUCCUGCACGUGGGUGAACGACCUGACAACUGACACCUUUGACUGGAUCGACGGCGCUGGGGGAACGCCCAGCUUCAACACCGGACCCUCUGUAGAUCACACCUACGGCACGGCACAAGGUUUGUACAAGUACAUCGAGGCGUCCUAUCCCAAGAAGAAAGGGGACUUUGCCAUCUUCAAGUCCCAGGCCCUACCCUCGACGACCUCCUCAGGCCGCUGCCUGACCUUCUGGUACCACAUGUACGGCAACGACAUCGGCGAGCUACAGGUGAUCUCGGAGAACCCCGCCGACGGACUGACCACCACCUUCUGGAAGCUGGGUGGCCAGAACCUGGGCGACUUCUGGCUGGAGGGCCAGAUGCCCGUGUCCAAUCCCAAUCCAUACAAGAUGCAAUUCAAAGGCGUUAUUGGAGCAAGUUACGAGGGCGAUAUAGCCCUGGACGACAUUGAAUUCAAAGAUACUCUUUGCGGAGUUUAUCCCAGUAAUGCUGACACCGGAGCGACGUUGCCGACACACCCCCCUCCACCAACAACAGUCUGGCCAGCUACUUACGACUGCGACUUUGAACAGGACAUGUGCAGCUACACAGAUGCAACCGAUGACGAUUUUGACUGGAGGCGGCUGAGCGGUGCCACCGGUUCCUCUCAGACUGGGCCCUCCGUUGAUCACACUCUGGGAACCAGUGCUGGAUAUUAUAUCUACAUUGAGGUGUCCUUCCAGUCCUCUGGCGACAAAGCGCGGCUGGAGAGCCCCAUCAUCACGGCAUCGACCACACCCAAGUGCCUGACGUUCUGGUACCACAUGUAUGGCGACCACAUCAACCAGCUGAACGUGUACACCCGUGAUGCGGGCAGCACCGCGUUGGGCCCCGCCAAGUGGACACGGAAAGGCACGAGGGACGACCAGUGGUACGUUGGGGACAUGAUGGGGACGUCGACUGCCGGCUACCAAAUUAUUUUUGAAGGCAUUGCUGGAAACAGCUACAGAGGCGACAUCGCCCUUGAUGACAUUACAGUCACCAACGGCCUAUGUCCAGUGAGGGAUCUCUGUGAGUUUGAGGACACCCAUCUCUGUCAGUACUCCCAGGAGACUGCCAAUGAUGAUUUUGAUUGGACACAGAACAGCGGUCCCACACCGACAGCCAACACGGGACCGAAGGUGGAUCACACCUAUCAGACUGCUGCGGGCAAGUACAUGUACGCCCAGGCACAGGGCCACAUCAGUCAGAAGGCCCAGCUCAUCUCCCCCGAGUACAAGAUCCAAACUGGCAUCAACACCCACUGCUUCACCUUCAACUAUCACAUGUUUGGCGACCAGAUGGGAACGCUUAACAUCAAGUCCAAGACAUUCAACACCGAGAAGCUUGUCUGGUCCCAGCAGGGCAACAACGGGGACCAGUGGUACGAGGACUACUUCGAGGUCAGCGAGGUCCUGGCGUUCCGGCUCAUCUUCGAGGCUGUGAUCGGGUCGGGACCCCGCAGCGAUAUCGCCAUCGACGACAUCAGUCACAGCAUCGGAAGCUGUCCCAAGAACACCAUGUGUGAUUUUGAGUCUGGCCAAUGCGACUGGACCAACGACCAGGGCGACGACUUUGAUUGGGUGACAUUGAAGGGGUCCACGUACUCCUCGUAUACAGGGCCUUCCAUCGACCACACUCAUGGCACAAAAGAUGGUAAGAGAAUCUGA